AUGUCGAGCAAGCGCAUCGCAAAGGAACUGACUGAGGUCACCACAACCCCUCCCACGGGCAUGUCCAUCACCCUCGCCCGCGACUCAGACCUCCACGCCUGGCACGUCUCCCUCACCGGCCCCGAAAACACCCCCUACGCAGGCGGCACCUUUGCCGUCCUCGUCGACCUCCCCAAAGACUACCCCUUCAAGGCCCCCGUCGUCAAGUUCGCCACCCGCAUCUACCACCCCAACAUCACAAACGACGCCAACGGCAACAUCUGCCUCGGCAUGCUCAAGUCCGAAAACUGGAAGCCCGCCACCAAGCUCGCCGCCGUCCUCGAGGCCGUACGCUCCCUCCUUGUCGAGCCCCUGCCAGAUGACCCCCUCGAGGCCCGCAUCGCAGACGAGUUCAAGAAUAACCGCGUCGAGUUUGAGAAGAAUGCUAAGCUGUACGUUACGCGCUACGCAAAGGGCCCAAUUAGCUUUACCGCCUCAGAGGCGCCGGCCAAAUGA